GCGGGGUCGGGUCGGACGCAUGCGCGCGCGCGCCGGACGGAGCGUCUUCCCCAGUCGCCCGCUUCUAGUCGCGGGGUCCCCGAACCGCGGGCGGCCCGGGCUCCUCCUCGGCCAUGGCCCCCCCGCCCGCGUGCCGGUCCCUGCUGUCGCCGCUGUCGCUGCUGCUGCUGCUGCUGCUGAGCCUGGCGCUGCUGGGCGCCCGUGCCGAGCCCGCCGCCGGGAGCGUCGUCCCCGCGCAGAGCCGCCCGUGCGUGGACUGCCACGCGUUCGAGUUCAUGCAGCGCGCCCUGCAGGACCUGCGGAAGACUGCGCGCAGCCUGGACGCGCGGACAGAGACCCUCCUGCUGCAGGCCGAGCGCCGAGCCCUGUGUGCUUGCUGGCCAGCUGGGCGCUGAAGACUCUCUGCCAGUGCUAAUCCCUUUCAAUAAACGCCUGCCCCCACACUCA